ACCCGAGACGCAAUCAGUGUCUUGUCUUCUCCUGCUUAGCAGAGAACGUCCACGAAAUGAAUCGAGUACUGCUAGCGUUCGGGCUCGUCUGCUUACUGCAGGGACUCUCUGCUGAGCCGAGACCAGAGUUUGCGUUGACCGGCACCGUUCCAGCAAGCGUCCGCAUUACGGCGGUGAAAACCGAAGCUAAUGUCACUGCGACCGCCAUCAAGGCACUCAACGUGACCACAGUAAACUCCGGAUAUCCAGGGCUGAUCGGAACAAAGACUCAGAUUGAAAAAGUCAUCACCGAGUUCGAUACAAAGGCUCAGUCCAUCCUUGCCGCCUACGAUACGCUGCUGGCCGCUAACGAUGGCAACGUCUCUGGACAGUUCGACGCCUUCGUCACCACUAUUAAUGCAACGAUAACUUAUAUCGCGACCGACGCCAGCAACGUUACGGCCGAGCUGGGCGUGUUCAACUACACUGGCAUCUCGGAUGAGCUGACGGACGCGUUCGAGCGCAUCCUUACCGGUUUGAUCGAUCUGAGAGCGAAGACCGCCACCGUCCAGACGGGUAUCCAGGCCGCAGUUAACAGUGCAGGAUCGGCGACAGUCAGUGCGGAUAUUCUGCGCCAGUUCGUGCCACUGCGCACCAUGUACGAUCUGCUGCGCGCGGCCAGCAACCUGCGUUCCUAUCUGCCGCUGGUGCAGUACGUACUGACCACCACGAUCGAGAACAUCGCGGAAGCGGACAGUUACUUGAUGGAUCUGGAGGCCCUUCUGUCGACAGGUGUGUCGACGGAAACUGGCAAGUACGCAGACGAUAUUCAAAGGAUUGCGAACGAAACUAUCAACCAAGUGGUAAAUGGUUUUGCCGAUGAGAACAUAAAUACUGAAGCAGCCUCAAAUGAGGUUUUGUUAUCACCGAAUAUUGGGAGUGCCCCAAGACAUUCUGAUCUGAUUGUUGCAGCAACCAACCUGAGUGCCUUGUUCACCAACGCCACGCUGUUUCAACAAACGAACGUGAUGGUUGCCGCAUUUACCAAAAUUAGCACAUCGAUGACCUCGCGCAUUGCUACACUGCAAGCUGGUUUCAAAGUGCUCGACUUUCCGCUCUUCAAGCAGCUAGUGGACACGCUGAUGGGCAAUGACGAGUACGGUCGCUACUGCUAUCAGAAGUAUAAGGAGCUGGGAAAGGGAAUUUUCGGCCAGGCAUUCGAUUCGGCCUGGCAGUGUGUGGAUAAUGAGUAUGCGCGUCUCGAAUACUUGAAGACCACCCUCGGGCUAAUGGUUGACCUUUUGGUUUUCGAUUACGAGGAUGUGAUAGAUCAAGUAAAAGUAUGUGAUAAUCUUACCAGUGGGAAUAAUCUGAACAACUGUGUCUCAGCGCUAGCGACAUUCUACACGGAACUGUUUAACGAAACUGCCAGAAAGAUUUCCACCAUCUAUCAACUCGCUACAGAUGAGGCCGAAGCCAGCGAGAACCGUAUCCUUAUAUGCAUCGAGCUAGUUUACAUACAAGGAACUGUCCUUGAGCCGCAAAAGAUCUCCGACAAUUUGGGAAUAUGUAGCCGAGACGGCCCUAAGGGUUUGGAUUAAGCAAAGCGCGGAGAACACAACUCUUUUUUACGCUACCAGAAUAGCAUAGAAAGAAAAUGAUGCCAGAGAAAUAGUGUAAAUAAACGAAAUGACGCUUGCUACAGUUUUAUCACAGU